GAGAAGGAUCUUGAAUGUCUUAUUGUCUUGUUAUUAACAAAGCUGAAAGAUCGCCAGAUCACUAUCAGUCGUCAAAUGUCAUUACCGUUAUAUUCAUACAAAAUAUGUAACAUACACAUGUAUGGAUGUUACAUGCUUUCGCAGACGAGAGGUCGAGUGGUUUGAUGUCGGUUUAUCGAGCUAGAAGGCACGGCCUUGGUUUCCCAUAGUUACUCAUCGACCGAUCGUCAACAUACCCGCAGGUCUACAGUUCACCGAUCCCUAAAGUCCGCGAGAGACGCCAACAAACAAAAGAAUCGUCAAGGAAAUUCGUAGUCGCUCCCAAAGAGGAAAAACUCUAAAAUGACGUACAGACAACAACCAGCGGCUCAGGACGAACUGGAGCUGGAGACGAUGGCGGAAGCCGAGCUCUCGAGGCUAAAGAGGCAAUAUAGAAUAAUGGAGAACGAUCGAGCUACGUGUGCAGAAGAUGCGAGACUACAACUCCGCAAUCAGCAGAACAUGAUCGAGCGUCUGGAGUACGAAAAGGCUGAAUUCGUACUGGCGAUCAAAACUGCGAAAUCAAAGGCAUUUACGCGUAAAGAUGAGGAGAUGGAAAAGAAGCUGAAAUGUUUGCUGACCAAACGGGCCAAGUAUAUUGAGUUGAUAGAAAUUGAAAAGCAGCAGAUAGACGAGCUUGACGAACAAAUCGACAAGCUCUCGAAAGAAGUUACAAGUCUGCAGAUGAAAGUGCGCACCGACACACAAUCGAAAGAAAUAGCGGUGCGACAUAGCAAGACGAUAUGCAUCCUGGAGAAUCGAGUAGAGGUGGCAACGAAGAGGUUCAACCUGGUGAUAGCGGAGAAUGCGAGAUUGCGCGCUGAUAUCGAAACCUUGUUGAAGGAACGGGCGCAGUUCACGCAGAUGUGGAAUAAGCUGACCGGCCAGCUGAACGUGGGCAAGCAGAUCAUCAACGACCUGAUCGAGCAGGCGACCAUUACGUUUAAUCAGCGAGACGAGGAGCUCCGCAAGAUUCAAGCGCUUCGCGAGAGGGAUAUAAGAGACCUAAAGAACCACACGUCGGAAAUGUGCGAGCUGAGAAGAACAUUAGAUAAUGAGAUGAAACUGCAGGAAUUUUUGGGCGUGAAGGGACAGUUUCGCGAGAUGGUCGAUUUAAAUGCAAAGAAGGAAGCCGAGAAGCAGGCUAAACGAGAGGAGAAGCAGAAUAAAAUAGCGUCUUUAACGCAAAUUUUGCAGACCAUAAAGCAGUUUACAGGUGAGCAAGAAAUUGACAAGCUCACAGCGCAUUUCAUCAAACAAGAAGAGGAGAAUUUCGCACUCUUUAGUUACGUAAACGAGUUAAAUGACGAGCUAGAGAGUCUUCAGGCGAGGAUGGAGCAACUGACAGCAGCCAUCGAUGAGGCACAUGCUCAGCACGAACAUCGCGACCAGCAGCAGACCGAAACUUUAGAGAAGAUCACUGUAGAACUGGAGAAACAGACAGCACUGGCAAACGCUGCUGAAGAAGACCUCGCACAGUGCAACGACGUGAUGGAUAAGCUGCUACGGGGGAUCGAUGGCCUCUUCAAGGCGAUACGAUGCGACAAUUCGCCGAUUUUAGAGUUAUUGGGCGACAAUACUCAUGUGACUAUGAGCAACGUCAUGCUCUACUUGGGCAUUAUCGAGAAACAGAUCACCGAGAUGUUCCACAAGGUUUACUGGGUGGACAAGGCCAGCAAAGUUCCGCAGUUGCGGAUAGACGAGGAAAGGAAACCCAGACUGAAAGUACCUCCCGUUAAUCGUAUUGUACCUACUCAACCCUGCGCCCUGUAAGUCCCGUUGCUUCCCUCUUAUCGAUCCUUCGUAGCGAUCCUUCAUCCUUGACCCGAGUCCUUCCAAACCAUUGGCGGAUAUUUUCGGAAAUUUGCAUUUAGCUCUAAAUGUGGCAAAAUCUAAUUUCUGUUUUAUAGAUACUUAAAAUUCCAAUUUUCACCAAAAUGAUAAAGGCAAAUAUUUGUAUAAUAGAUACGGUGCUUACAUAAAUAUCGUAUCAGUAAAAAAAAGUCGAAAAUAAAAAUAGAUUUUAUUAAUCAACCACAUUUAAUGCUAAAUGCAUGUCGAGGAUGCACAGAGGCUGUAUCAAUUUCCUUUUAACACAAUGUUCGGAUACAGCUGCGUGGAGCAAGAGCAGAUGCAGUUCGUCUCAGAGGGCCUUGAGGUACCGCUGACACGUGCCGAAGCCAUGCAGAAACUGCGACGAAGGCUCAUGGAUGA